GAAAGCACACUUUUGAUUGGUUAAUACCACCAAGUCAAAAUGUCGAUCCUACAGUGUUGUUCUUUAUAAAUUAGGUUUGUACUAACUAUACUAUAUGGUCUCUUAACACCAGCCGUCGUCUUCCGCGACGUCCGAGUCGGCAUCGGGGUACGUGACGUCUUUACAGAGGUGGUCGAUGUCGCUUAGGGUAAAGCUCGCGUCGCCCUUGCACAGCACACUGUUCAUGACACCGACAAGCGCAAGGAGGUUCCCUCGCACGACGGGAACUUGAUGGGAUGACGCUGCUUCUUCGUUGGGUUGGUUGUCGUCGCUUUCUUCGGACGCGGUGGAUUCGUUCGAGAACCGGUUGCAGCAUGCAUGUUCCUUGUGACAGCAUGCAUGUUCCUUGUGACAGCAGACUUCGUCCUUGGCGUCGUCACUCCAAUCGAAAUGGCCCAGCCGUCGCCACAUCGAGAUGUCGUUGGAACUCAGCGCAAACACUUCGGCGCAUGGACUGCCGCGGUACUUGAGGUACGUCAAGCUCUUGGUGCAGAAACCGAGAAGCUUGGUUUGUGCUGGUCGUUGGUCAUGGGCGGCAAAACCUUCCGUGACGCGAACCACGAGUUCGUCUAAGGUUUCCAUGGCCUCGAACUCAAACACACUGCACGGGGCGUCGCAGAACGUCACCCGCGCAUCAUCGGGGAGGUCUAGGAACUCGAUUUCUUCUUCGAUGGACUCGAGGAAGGAAUCAUUGCUGGCGGCGGCAGCCUCCCGCAUGUUUUCGGGAGUGUUGAGGCAUUCGAUGGUGAAGGGUUGCACGAUGUGUUCUUCGCUCGGGCCGGCGACGUCCAUCUUGGACACUGUCGAUCGGAUCCAGCUUAAGCGGCGCUUGAGAGACUCCUGGACCUUGGAGAUGUCCCAGCAUCCAGACUUCUCGGUAUCAAGGGAAAUCGACCGCUGCAUUCGAUGCGGCGGUGACGGAGGGGUUGGAGAAUGGAACGUUGGCGCGCCGUAGACUGGGGAGUCCAUGACAAUGCCUUCCGGCAGCGGUUCCUGUGGAUGGUACUCUGGGUAGAACUCCCACUCGUGCGGGUCGUCGUCGAGGUCGGACGCGCGUGCGUACGUGUGUUGCUGCCGCGUGAAGAUGCUUCGCGGCGCGUUGGCAUUCGGGGACGUGUUCGGCGUCGACCCGAAGAUCUUGUGGAUGAAGUAUUCCUUCAUAUUCAAUUUGGUCAGCGAUGUAGAUGAGGAGGACGCUGGCUUCAUGAUGCCGCUGCUCCUGCUUGUUGGUUGAGUUCCUCGCUGUGGAAAUCGCACUGCCCCUAC